GGCAUUAAUCACCUGAUCGGGCAUUUUUGGAAGAAGGUGCAUAAGAAACACGAUCAAUAGGCGCCUCUUGUCGUUAUUUCUGGCUGUGACGUCACCCGGUGUCUCCUGACGUAAGAGGCAGCUGUCGUGUGCGUGCGUGCGUGCGUGCGCGCGCGUGUCCCGAAUCCCCCCACUCCAGCUCUUCAUCGGGUCAGAAUGACCCUGCAGUGGACUGUGGUGGCGCUCUUCCUCUAUGUGGAGAUAGCCCUCAUCCUCAUCCUGUGUGUUCCCUUCAUAUCAGCCCGGAGGUGGACGUUGGUGUUCAGCUGGAGACUAUGGAGCUGGUUGUCAGCAUACUGGAACAGAGCCUUCUUCACUAUGAUCGUGGUCCUCGUUGUUCUUUUCCUUGACGCUGUGCGUGAGGUGCAGAGGUACUCGGGACCCCAGGAAACGCAAGACGCCAAGGUGAACCCUAACCUGUUUGACAACCUGCAUAUGAAGCUUUUCCGAGCCCAGAGAAACCUCUACAUCUCUGGAUUCUCUCUUUUCCUCUGGCUUGUCACGCAUCGUGUGGUCAACCUGCUGAACCAGGUCGCUGUCAGCACAGAGACCGGCGCCGGUCUUCGGGCUCAGAUGGAGAAUGCGAGCCGAGCAGCCAAGCAGUACCAGGAAGACAACUUGCUGCUCAGACAAGCUCUGCUGAAUGAAGAGAAGAGCACGGCCGCAGAAAACCAGCAUCUGAAGAGGGAUGCCGAGAAGCUUGCAGAGGAGCUGAAGGCUGCAGAGGACGCCAUGCACAGGUCUCAUGCUGAGGUAGAGGCGAUGAAGAGGCAGACGAAGGGUCUGACACAGGAAUAUGACAGACUGCUCAGGGAACACCAUCAGCUCCAGAAUCUUCAGAUUGCUCCCGAAGACAAAAAGACUCACUAAACACCGCUGCAAUACGAUGACAACUGUUUUCCCCAAGUGCCGUUUUACCGUCCAUCCUGGACACCUCGUCCCCCCCCCCCCCUCAUUUCACCUCUUUUAAACGUGUCCUCGUAGGCCUUGUUCACUUUAUCGCUUUAUCGGUCCAUUUUUCUUGAAAACUCAAAAACCUGUUUGUUGAUAGUAUCAAACUUACGAUAUAUUGCGUAGGGACUCGUGUGCCUUUACAACUUGAAUGCUGAAAACCUUACGCCUGGGGAGUAGUUUCCAUAAUGGCGCAGGCCUCUUAUGCAUUACUCUGUUGAAAAAGUAUACAUUAUAUUAAAGGCUACACUAAUUGUCUACCAAAAGUCUAUUAACCAGUUCUCUCAUAUUUUCCCUCUGGGUCUCUUGCAUGGUCCACUUCUAAUGCUAGUAUUCAAUAGCUAAACUAUAGAUGCCAAGUGUUGUGUAAAGUUGAAAAGUCAUUUGGGAAAUAACUUGUGUUAAAAUGAGUAUAAUGUACUUUUAGCGAGACCCAGAAGUUCGCCGGUGAACUUCUCUCCCUGGUGGAACCGCUUUGAAACCAUUAAACUAACCUGAG